AUCACACAGUAUAGAUUCUUUUAUGCCUGAUUUCUUCACUCGGAUCAAAGAUAAACACAGCUAGACAUUAGAGUGGUGAAUGGACUUUAUUCAGUAACUGCUGGCAGUAGGGGAAAGAGCCCUGCUCCCUUUGGAUCUGUGCAGAGGUGAUUGGGCCUUUUAAAGGGAAAAUGAGGGGUGAGGGGAGAGCAGGGGCUUAGCAGACACUGAGAAGUGAAAAAUCACAAAGGUUGGUCAGUAGAAAUUCGUUUAAGCCCUCAGUGUUUGCUGGCUGGCAGUGAUCAAGUUCAGGAUUCUAUCCUCCCACAGGGACCGGGAGUCCUUCCUGAUGAUUACAUUUCAAAGGAAUGGCCUCCAGUCUUUGAGAAAGACACUUUGAGUUGUAAGAGAUAAAUAUUCACAAUUGUAAGCCCUUUUUAGUAAAUGCGCUAAGAAAGGGAGGUCAAGGGCUUAUUGUCAGGCUGGAACGAACAGUAAAUUCUCACUCAGUGUAGAGCUUUCUCAGGCAGGCAUUAUAAUGGUGGGGCUAGGGUGACGCUAGGAACACAGCCUCCAGCUGCUAGAAGCCACGCUGAAGUUUGGUCAGGUCUCUUAGUCCAGGGGGUUUGAAUGGCGUUCUGUGCUGAGAGUUCUGCAAUUUUCACUUAACAUUUUUAAAGACACAUGUUAAUGAACGUAUCAGUAGUUCAUGCUGCUUUAUUGCUGAGUGGUGUUGCAUUGUAUUCCUCAGUGUGUUUAUCCAUUUUCCUGACAGACAUUGGAUUUUUUAUUUGGGGGAAUAAAAUUGCUGUGAACAUUCUGAUAUUUCCACAUACUUUGUGGCCACAUACUUUCAUUUCUCUAGGGUUAAUACCUGUCAUUUUCUUUACCUUGUUUGUCAUCUCUAUUAGUCAUGGAGCCCCUUUGUGCUUAAAAUGUAUUGGAUCCUCGGUAAUAUUUUUGAGUAAAUUAGAGAUAAGUUUGAAUCUUGAAUGCCACCAGAAGAUGUGUUAAAAUGUAAAGUGCACUAACCUGGGAGUGAGAAAAUCUCAAUUCUAGUCCCAACUCUGCUUCUAAUCAGCAGUGUAGUCCUAAACAAGUCACAUAGUCUCUCUGGAUUUCAGGUUUCUUCUUGUAAGUGAAGGAAUUCUAUUAAAUGAUCUCUGAGACUUCUUUUCAGCCUGAAUAUUCUAUGAUCCUAAGUAGAAAGAAUUGAUAGAAGUCAUACUAAGAGUGAAGAGUAGACUCUGAAAUGUUGAGAUAACAGAUCAAGGGGGACCUUGGUGUUCCUGGCAGCUGUUACUUCCUGGUGUUCCCGUGAGAGUAUCAGGAAAAAGCUUGUAAUACAUACUGUAGAGUUUGCUUUCCAAAACUAUUUUAUCGGCCAAGGAUAUCAUUGAGGAGUCCUUCAAAUGCAAGAAACCAAGAAAUGAAAAAACUUGGCUUAUGUUAAAAAUAAAAACCUGUUUUGUCUGGGAGUUGGCUAGCUGUUCAUGAAAAGAUUUGGAUCAUACAGCGGAUGUCCAGUUACACGCAUGGGGAGAUACUCUGGAGGAAGCAUUUGAGCAGUGUGCGAUGGCCAUGUUUGGUUACAUGACAGAUACGGGGACCGUCGAGCCCCUCCAAACAGUAGAAGUGGAAACUCAAGGAGAUGACUUACAGUCUCUUUUAUUUCACUUUUUGGAUGAGUGGCUUUAUAAAUUCAGCGCUGAUGAGUUCUUCAUACCCCGGGAAGUGAAAGUGCUUAAUAUUGAUCAAAGAAAUUUCAAAUUACGGUCAAUUGGGUGGGGAGAAGAAUUCUCAUUGUCCAAGCACCCUCAGGGAACUGAAGUCAAAGCAAUAACAUAUUCAGCAAUGCAGGUCUAUAAUGAAGAGAAGCCGGAAGUUUUUGUGAUAAUUGACAUUUAAGAUACCAAAAAAAAGAGAGAGACUCCUAUGAAGAACUGUUUUUUGUUUUUGUUUUUUGUUUGAAAAGAUA